UCCCGUGAAUUUUGAGUUAGCUUACCGUAAUUUAUUAUGUACCUAUACAGCAACAUCGAAAACCCUACCACCUCCUCUCAAAAGCGGGGAAGUGGAAACGCCUCAAAACUCAAAGGGAAAGUGGUGUCUCAACAGAAGGAUCGUCCUCGUCUUCACAUGAUGAACAUAGCUCAAAUUUGUCGGAAUCAGAAACCUCUCAUCUCGAAUCUCAUUUCCCUGCAGAGAUUCCCCCAUCCUCGCCCAUCCUUGUUUUUCCUACAGAAGAAAUUCAAGUUGAUAGUUUAUCAGAUAUGGCCCAAAAUGAAAUUCCUGUUUCAGAGGAACCUUUAGAUUUUAAUUUAAAUUUUUUGUAUGGUAGUGAUGACUCUGAGGAUGAAUCGGAGGAUGAUUCCGAAGAUUCCUCAGACGAUGCUUUACAUAGGGAUCUAAGAGAAAAAUCAGCGACUAAUUCUUUAUUUAAUGUAGAUUGUACAUCUGACGAAUUUGAUGCCACAAAACUAUCACCAGAUGUCUUGAAAACUGUACGAUUUCUUAGGCACUGGGCUUUAACGGAUAAUGUUUCUCAUUCGACUCUUUCAAAAUUAUGUAAAGGUUUGAAAACGGUUCAUCCUCAAUGUUUCGCUGGUUUACCCACUGAUGCAAGAACCAUAUUAAAAACUCCUAGAAUUAGUAAUCUCAACAUCACUACAGUUCCACCUGGUGAAUAUUUCCAUGUUGGGUUGAAAGUACAAAUAAACCUUGCUUUAAGUUUACUGUCUCAACCCGUUAGCUAUAUAUACACCUUAUUUAAUGUUGAUGGUUUACCGUUGUUUAAAAGUAGCAAAGGUGAAUUGUGGCCUAUUUUGAUGGAAGUUAAAUCCUCUCCGCAGUUGAAAAACAAAGUGUUUCCGAUUGGAAUUUAUUUUGGCGACGGAAAACCUCACGAUUUGAAUUUAUUCUUGACACCGUUUCUGAAUGAGUUAAUGGAUGUGUUGCAGAAUGGAAUAAUUUUUGAUCAUCGUAAAAUUUUGGUUCAACUAUUAGGAUUUUGUUGUGACGCCCCCGCUAAGGCGUUUAUAUUAGGUACCAUUGCCCAUACCGGUUUUAGUAGUUGCACCCGGUGUACUGUGACAGGGGAAACCUUCGAAAAUCGGAGAAUAUUUCCAAAGUUAAAUUGUGCUCCACGUACGGAUGCAGAUUUUAGAAACAGAAGUGACCCACACUAUCAACCUGUUGAUCGUUCAACCCCUCUCAUUGCAUUGCCUCAAUUAGAUUUUGUGAAGUCUUUUAUAUUAGACUACAUGCAUCUGAUUUGUUUAGGCGUUGUCAGAACUAUUUUGUCAUUGUGGGCCUUUGGUCCAAGGCCAUUCUUGUUACCCAUUCAAACUAGGAUGACUUUGUCAGAAGCGUUGGUGAAUCUUAAAACUUACAUGCCAUCAGAGUUUGUUCGAAAACCUAGGGAGCUUAACUCAUUACCUAGAUGGAAAGCAACUGAAUUACGUUCGUUUGUUUUAUACUUAGCUCCGAUUGUUCUCAAACAAUCACUAUUACCCAGAAGGCAAUAUUUUCACUUCGUAAGUCUCCAUGUUGCCAUGACUUUGUUGUUAAAUUCAAGAUUUUGUGCAUCUCAAUCAAAUCGCCAGUAUGCUAGGGAAUUAUUAAUUCACUUUGUUAGUAUAACACCAGAACUUUAUAGUCCGAAACUAUUAACUCAUAAUUUCCAUAAUCUUGUACAUCUAGUGGACGAUGCUGAUCAUUUUAGCUGUUUUAUUGAUGAUUUUAAUCUAAAUGACAUUUCCAGCUUUCCUUUUGAAAAUUUUCUCCAAAUAUUUAAAAAAUUAGUAAGGGGGAAAGCAAAACCUUUGCAACAAAUUUCUCGCCGAAUAAUAGAGCUAUUUUCAUUGGGUCAUAUUAAGGAUAUGUAUCUACAGCCCCUAUCGCAUACUUUUCCUUGCUUUAAGACACCACACCAUGAUGGUCCACUACUCCCAUGUUGCCGUGAACCUCAAUUCAAAACAAUUACAUUUCAACACUUUAAAAUAUCUGUUAACAGUGCGGAUGACUGUUGUUGCGUACAAAAUGGAGAUGUAAUAGUAGUUGAAAAUAUUGCUUUUUCAGAAACAUUAUCCGCUGACGUUAUAAUAGGGAGAAAAUACUUACAUAAAACUGAUUUUUUCUCAGAACCACUAUGUCCAAGCUCUGAUCUCAAUAUUUUUAAGGUUAAGAAUUUAUCAGAUAGAGAGAUGUGGAGGGUAGCAGAUAUUACGUUUAAGUUUGUUAGAUUGCCAUUUGAAGAAGAAUUUGUUGUCUUUCCAUUACUUCAUACAGAUGGGUGAUAUAGAAAAUUUAGUUUAUUUGCCGUUUUUUUAUUUGGUUUACACAGGGGUAAAAAUUUGCCAUCAGUUCUAAAUGUUUUCUUUAAUAAUUUUUCUUGCUUAUUUUAAUUUGGAAAAUUCACUAUUAUACCUGCAACCUUAUGUACCUUUGUACCUAUACCUAUGUACCUACUACAUAUGAAGCAAUUUAUAUCUGGUCGGUAAUUCAAAAAAUUAUGGAGGACGAUGAAGAGGAAUACGAUUGCGUUCCGAGCAUUUGGAUCAUUUCCCCAUCUGCAAUGCUUUAUCCUGAUAAGGGAGCAGCUAGUGCUACAAAGUUGGCAAAAAAUUGUGCACGCCCUGAAAAGGACUGGUUAAAUUACAAAAUUACAAUUGUCAAGGAAGAUUAUGCAUCUUUCGAACGAGGUAUGACCGACGUCGUCCGGUUUCAAAAAGGUGCAUGGUCAAUAAGCGCUUCCGAAGCAGAAGAAAGGGGCACCGGUCGAAGAGUCAUGCGCACGAAGAGGCAAUCAUCAUCGUCAGGAGGAAGUGAGACUGAGAGGUCAUAUCCGCCUCCCUCCAAAAUAGCCAGACAUUCGCCAAGGAAAUCUCCAAGAGACCAAGGCUUCAAAAGAAAGCUACAUAUCCAGUCUACUUACACUCCUCGAACAUCAUUAGCACCCUCCACCUUAACAGCACCCUCCACCUUAACAGCACCCUCCACAUCAUCAGUCUCAACAUCAAUAAGAGAAUUGCCAGCACCACAUCCAAUUGUGUGUGGUAUUUCAAAAAAAUCACACUUUUGUGUGUUAGAUAAGCCAGUAACUGUGGAAUCAUUGGCUCUUGGGAUUUGCCACUUAUCAAAAGCUAUACAAAAGUUAAAUGGCAAACUUGCAGAAUUCCGAAUGGAAAUGGCAGGCAAAGUUUUGGACAACAAUCCCAACCAACCAAUUCUGGAGGGACCAGAGGAAGAAACUUUAUUUGCCUUGCCCUUAAAAAAUAUAGACGACUUAAGAAGAUUUGAAGAAAAGCUCAAGGAAAAAGAAUUUUUUGUAAAUAUUAUAAAAGUUUUGUCGCAAAACGACUCAAAAACUAACGUAUCGAAGACUGCCAGAAGCACCCUCCAGCGAUUAAUGGACAAUUCUCUUGCCCAAAAAUUUAGCUGGAAAGAGCAACAUAGGAAGGACCAAGUGGAGACUAAACAAUGCUUUUCUGAUCUCCGCAUGUGUGAGCUAAUAAACAAAUGUGUGCAGAUUAUUUGGCCAAAUGAAAACAACCUGAAAAAAAAAAUCGAGUCGACACUAUCCACUUUCCUGGCACAACAAGGGUCCUUGUAUUUAAAAAGAUCGAGUGAGACUUCCGAUGCUGCAGCAUCAGUACAUGGGAAAGAAGAGGAAGUUGAUAACAUUCCAUAAAUUGCAUAAUAUGUAUAUAUUUUAGAUACUGUACUGUACAUUUAUUUUUUAGGUUUAUUGUUUACAUUUUAAGUUUUCACUAUAUUCUGCCAUAGGUUAUAAAUUGUAUAUAAAAUGUGUUUUAUACGUUAUUAAUAAAUGUUUAAUACAUA